AUGAUCUGGAAAUGGCUGGGCGCCGUGCUGCUGCUCCCCGUGCAGCUGGUGUGCCUGGUGGUGAAAGCCGCCGUCUGCGCCGUGCUGCCGCCCAAGCUGCGGGACCUGGCCGGGGACAGCGUGCUCGUCACCGGCGGGGGCCGGGGCAUCGACCGGCACCUGGCCCGUGACUCUAACAAAAGAUUCUUGCUGCAGAUCAUCCUGUGGGGUCGAACUGAGAAGUGCCUGAAGGAGACCACAGAGGAAAUCAGGAUGAUGGGGACAGAAUGCCAUUAUUUCAUUUGUGAUGUAGGAAAUCGAGAAGAGGUCUAUCGGCAAGCCAAAGCUGUACGGGAAAAGGUGGGUGAUAUCACUAUCCUGGUGAACAAUGCUGCUGUGGUCCAUGGUAAGAGCCUGAUGGACAGCGAUGAUGAUGCACUGCUCAAAUCACAACAUAUAAACACCCUGGGACAGUUCUGGGUAAGAUAAGCUCUUGUGCCCCAAAUGCUGGAGUUGCAGAAUGGACACAUUGUUUGCCUGAACUCUGUCCUGGCCUUGUCAGCCAUCCCUGGUGCCAUUGACUAUUGCACCUCCAAAGCCUCGUCCUUCGCCUUUAUGGAGAGCCUGACCCUGGGGCUGCUAGACUGUCCUGGAGUGAAUGCCACAACAGUCCUGCCCUUCCACACCAGCACAGAGAUGUUUCAGGGCAUGAGAAUCAGGUUCCCUAAUCUUUUUCCUCCUCUCAAGCCAGAGACAGUGGCCAGGAGGACAGUAGAAGCCGUUCAGAUGAAUCAAGCCUUCCUGCUCCUUCCGUGGACAAUGCAUGUUCUUGUCAUCCUAAAGAGCAUUCUCCCUCAGGCAGCACUUGAAGAAAUCCACAAGUUUUCUGGGAGCUACACCUGCAUGAACACUUUUAAAGGACGAACAUAGACUAGAAGGUGCAAGGACUGUUCUCCAGUGAAAGCAACACAAGCAUGAAAAUCCUGACAAGACUGUGAAUCCAGCAGUCUUGGCUUUUAGCCCGCUCAUGUGACUUGUGCUGCUCUGAGGCAACACAUUUCUUGCAGGUCAUAUCCAUAGUAACAUGACCUUUGCACAGGAUUGAAUGACUACACUAUGGACCCUUGGAAAGAAAAACAAAAAGUGUGAAAUGUUUAUAUGUGGUUUAAUUCUUUAGAGUUCAAUUGUUAAAUCUGCUCAUAGGUUUAAGAUGUAAUUUUUGUUUCUAAAGUGUCUGUAGGCUGUCUCAGCUGAGAGGCAGCACAUCACACCCCAUACUUUAUCCUCUCGCUUCAGAGGAACUGCAAUUACAAACUGCUACUGGUUUCAUUUCAGCUUUUUGAAUGGGGAACUUAAAAAAUACAUUGAAGAACAAAAAGUUGUGGACAUUUAACGGAAGCUUCCUUUCCUUCCUUCACUUCACAUCCGUUGAUGAAGCUGUUCCCAACUCACAUCAGGGAAGGAGCUAACUGCGGAGCAAUGUUUUCUUUGUUGAAGGCCACCCAGGACUUCUGUCUGGAAGGACUGUGCUGGGCCAAAGAAAGCUGUCUUACUUCACCUGUGA